ACGACCAAUAUUAAACACAAAUCCGAAACAGAGUUAAGAUCAGAGCUCAGAAGAAACCGCGAGAAGAGGAUUGAAUUGGAGAAGAGAGUUGGAGUAACGAUAUGGAAGACGACCGAAGUAACCCUCAUGAACUCGAUUUGGAGAAAUCCGAUCGCCUGAUUUGGUUGAUGAAGUGCCCUGUAGUCGUCAACAAGGCGUGGGGGAAGCUAGCUCCUUCGACUUCUUCUUAUUCUUCUUCUGUUUAUUCUGCUUCUCCAGAAUCUAAUGACUUAGCGAAGGUUGUUCUUGGCAUUGAUCUUCUAGAAGAUAAUUCUUCUUCGCCUGAGUUCACUAUGGAGAUGAAUGGUGCUGAGUUUGGGAACAUGCCAAAGAGCUACGCUUUGAACAUGUUCAAAGACUUUGUUCCCAUGAAUGCCUUUUCGGAUGUCAAUCAAGUUUAUCCAGCUGUUGAAGGAAUGGUAGAUCACAAAUUCGAUAUGAAGCCAUAUGGCGAAGACAUUGAAGAAUAUGCAAGGCUUUGUCGGGAGAGAACGAGCAAAGCCAUGGUUAAAAAUCGACAGAUACAGGUUAUCGAUAAUGACCGCGGAGUACAUAUGAGGCCCAUGCCUGGAAUGCUUGGUUUAGUUUCAUCCAAUUCAAAGGAAAAGAAAAAACCUGCCCCAGUCAAGCAAACCGAGGUGAAGAGGACGAGAAGAGAUCGUGGUGAGCUUGAAGCUAUAAUGUUCAAGCUAUUUGAAGGCCAACCUAACUGGACGCUGAAACAGCUUGUACAAGAGACGGACCAACCAGCGCAGUUUCUGAAAGAAAUAUUGAACGAGCUGUGCGUGUACAAUAAGAGAGGAUCGAACCAAGGGACAUAUGAGCUCAAACCUGAGUACAAGAAAAGUGCUGAAGAUGACACAGGGGGGCAGUAAAAUCAAUCCUAUAUAUAUGUGCCUUAGUCGUAACAUUGUUAUAAACCCGGAGUCAUAUUGAUGGAGGUAAAAAAGAUUUUAGCAGAGAGGAAAAAAGAAGGUUCUCAAUUUGUCAAUCGUUUGUUUUUGUAUUAUAAAUUCAAAGAGACAAAUAUAAAAAGUAAGUGUUUUGUUAAUGACAUAUAACAAAAUUACAAAAUCAUGUGGCGGUUUGGUUGGAUGUAAA